CAGAUAUAUAUGAAUCACAUCGCUAUUGUAUACACCCACUCAGUUUAAAACUUAUUCAUAAUGUAAACAAAGGUAAUUUGGAAUGAUAUAAAUAAAGGUGAAACAUAAUCUAUAAGUAAAGAUGUCCUCUAUUUGUUUAUACGGAAUACUGUUCCUUAUAUGUGCACAAAGUGUUACAUCAUUUCGAAAAGGAAGUUCAGUCUGCCUUUUAGAUUAUGAUGAGGGCAUAUGCAGAGCUCUGAUAAAACGUUUCUACUACAACAGAGUAAAUAAAACGUGUGAAGUAUUUUAUUAUGGUGGGUGUCUUGGAAAUAGAAACAACUUUCUAAGCAAACAAGAAUGUGAACAGAAGUGUAAUGGGACGAUUUACAUAACAGAAAAUUCAUCCGAAACACCUAAACAAACGGAAACAACAUCAACAUCGACCGACCAAUCAGAUAGUACUGAAGCAACAACCCCUACUCAGAAACCACUUGGAGUUGGUGCUAAAAUAUUCUUAGGUAUUCUGGAUAUAAAAAACAGACUGUCCAACUUAUUCAACAAAGUCAAAGGUGGUAAAUAACAUGAAUAUCCUCAAUAAUAACACAUUGUAUUCUUUUUUAACAAGUAACUAAAUCAUUCUAUAUAACAAGAAUAUUAGAUAGAUUAUAAUUUGAUAUAGAUGAGAUCAUCAAAGGAAUUGAAACCACUAAAUUGUAGCAAUUUUCAUGAUAAACAUGUUGAAUAUCAAAUAAACAUCACGAAGUAAUUGAACAUCUUUACUGAUCAAUACAAAUUUGGAAGUGAAAACUUUUAGAAAGAGACUAAAAUUAGUAAUUCAUUAUUGAUUAUUUGUAAAAGUCUUAAUUGAUUAAAUGUUUUGAUAAAACUUA